UAAAUAAAAAAAAAAAAAAAAACAACAACAACCGGGGGAAAACAUCUGGUUCCCUUUCGCUGCUGACGCUUCAUCAGAGCAACUUCCUCAUUUGCUGAAACAAGAACGAAAACCGAACAGCCGCAGAAACGCGCCCUGCGACCCGGCUCACCUGCGCCUGGACCGGUUCGGAUCAGGAAGCGGAGCGGGUCGGACUCCAGCGCCAGCAUGCUGCGGCAGUCUCUCAGCAUCUUGAAGCAGUUCGGAUCGGCAACCAGGUCGCAGGAUGCCACUGAUCUUCUCCAUGAGGAUCUGGUGCAGGUGGAGCAGCGGGUGGAGCCGGCCAAGAAGGCGGCGCAGGCCCUCCAUAAGAAGCUGCAGGCCUGCAUGCAGAGUCCUGUAGGGCUGGAGGCUGAAAGGAGAAUGAAGAAACUUCCUCUGAUGCUGCUGUCCAUCAGCAUGGCGGAGAGCCUGAAGGACUUUGAUGCUCAGUCCUCCAUCAGGCGAGUGCUGGAGAUGUGCUGCUUCAUGGAGAAGAUGCUGGCCACCAUGUUGGCCGACUUCGAGCUGACGGUGGAGAAGGAAGUCCUGGAGCCGCUCAACAAGCUGAGCGAGGAGGAUUUACCUGAAAUCCUGAAGAACAAGAAGCAGUUUGCGAAGCUCACUACAGACUGGAACAACGCGCGGGUCCGGAGCCAGGCGAGCAGCGGGCCGCAGGCCAAGCAGGACGGACUCAGGGAGGAGGUGGAAGAAGCCUGGAGGAGGCUGGAGAGCAUCAAGGACCAGUACUCUGCAGACCUGUAUCACUUCGCCACUAAAGAAGAUGACUAUGCUAACUACUUCAUCCGUCUUCUGGAACUGCAGGCGGAUUAUCACAAGAAAUCCCACGAGUUCCUGGACAGGAACAUCAGCGAGCUCAAAGAGAACCACAGCCAGAAAGAUCCGGCGGCGGGUCUCUCCAGCCUGAAGGUUUACGGCGAGCCGCUGCUGUCGCAUUUGAGCCAGAGCGGCAGGGCGAUCGCGGCGCCCAUCCAGGAGUGCAUCCACAUGCUGCUGAGGACGGCCAUGCGGGAGGAGGGCUUGUUUCGUCUGGCGGCCGCCGCCUCGGUGGUGAAGCGGCUAAAAACCUGCUUGAACCAGGGAGCGGUGGACCACAGCGAGUUCAGCAUGGACCCCCACGCCGUCGCAGGAGCCUUGAAGUGUUACCUCCGGGAACUCCCUGAACCCCUGAUGACCUUUGAACUGUACAGUGAUUGGUUUUCAGCUGCAGGAGAAAAAGAUCUGAGUGUGAAGCUGGAGAAGUUCAGGAACCUGCUGCAGAAACUACCGCCUGAAAACUACAACAACCUCAGGUACCUGGUCCAGUUCCUGUCCCUGCUGUCGGAGCAGCAGGCCGUCAACAAGAUGACGCCCAGCAACAUCGCCAUCGUCCUGGGCCCCAACCUGCUGUGGCCGCGCGCCGAAGGGGAAGCUGCUCUGUUCGACAUGGCUGCAGCAUCUUCGGUCCAGGUGGUGAUGGUCAUCGAGCCGCUGAUUCAGUACAGCUCCAGUCUGUUCCCAGAAGCUGUUGACUUUGAGAUCCCUGAUCUUCCUGAAGCCCUGGAGGCUCCAGCUCCUGCUGCCCAGACCUUCUUCUCAGAGAAGGAGCGACUGAGCAGAACCGUGUCGUCCUCCUCGUCCACGUCCUCCUGCUCCUCCUUCCACCUCCCGCUCUCCAAAACAAACAGCUCGACCUCCCAGGACAGCGGCGGUGUCUUCCGGUCCAAAUCCGGUUCCGUUGGCAGCCGCAGCAGCACCACCACAUGGGGAAGCCCCGCCUCUGACCCGGCAGCCAAUCAGAACGCGGCAUCCAGCGGUUCGUCCGAGUCCAGUGCGACUCCAUCUCCCAGGUCGUCCUGUGGAUCCGGAUCCACGCCGGACCAGAUCCCGACUCCCAGGGCGACGGCGCCAAACCCGGUCCCGCAGGUGAGGAAUCUCACCCAGAGGCAGAGUUUGGACCAGAACCAGCUGGAGCCCAUUCUGGAGGCAACGCCUGAAUCUCCCAAAGCGACGCUAACGAUGACACCAUUGUGCAAACCGAAGCGAACCUUCAACCUGACCAAAACCAGUCAGACCAGUGAGCCGGUGGGAUCCGUCCAGUUCUCCAAACCCAAAGCACCGGUACCGCCCAGGGCUCAGGCUCCGCUCCCUCCGACUUCAGCCCCGGCCGCUGACGCCACGCCGCCGCCGGGCCCUCUGCCGGGCCCUCCGCCGGGCCCUCUGCCAGGCCCUCCGCCCACCAGCGUGAAAAAGCCUGCGCCAAAAAGGGGCGGAGUCAGAGCACCAAGCUGCCCGCCGCCUCUGCCGCCGCCGUCGCAGCCCAAACCGUUUCCCUCAGUGGCGCAGUGAGGCGCCAUCACACAGGCCCACUUCCACAUCACUCCACCGAUUGCAACGUUUUCCUCCCAACACGUCAUUUAUUUAUUAUUUACUCACUCUGAUGGUCUCUGCAGACCUGGAAACUGAUAAAAUCAUCCAGUUCAUCAAACUAAAACAUGUCAAUGAAUGCAGAUCUAAUUAAAAAUGUCUUUAUUGCUCAUUCAUAUAA